GGACUGGUUAGUAGUCGCAUGCGUGCGUGCGCUACAGCCGAGGUUAUGUUGAAACGCGGGCUAAUUAACGCGAUGUGGCGCUAGAAAGGCGUUGAACUUCCAAAAAAAAAAUAACGAUUCAAAGUCAAACUCGAAACUCAUCGAGUCGGCCGAUUCGUGCCGCUGCGUCAUUUACACUUUUCUUCGAAAAUCAACGUGAAAAUUCUCAUCGCAGUCAACAUGUCAGAGACGUGCUGGUACAACAGUAAAAAAAUGCGUCUGGAUGAUGGCUGCAAUAAUAAUUUGAAUGGAGAUAGUGAGCAAGAAAGUGAAAAAUGGUCGUGUUCAGGUGAUACAAGUUUAGUUGAACCAGAAAUUCUACAAGAUAUGGGUGUCAGUAUGCUUGCAGAUGGAGAAGCCAGCAGAGAAAGCCUUCAAGCAAUGAAAACACAAGAGUGUACUAUAUCCCCAAAAAAUUUUACCACUGAAAAACAUUUGAAAAAUUCACAAUUGAAGCAUGAAAUACCAAAAGAAUCAUUGAAUUGUGAUAACUUUGACAAUGAAAACUCGAACAGGUUGAUAUUGGAAACUGCAGAAAUCAUUGAUUAUGCAGCAUUAAAUAAUGAAUCAGGUCAUUCAGCAAGAAAAGAAAAAUAUGUACACCCAACAGAAAACUAUAAAGGAAAUUCAAAUGAGUCAACGGACAAAGUAACUAUUAAAAAUCAUGAGUUGGCAAAUAAAAAAAAACAAAAUAUUAUGCUAGAAGAAAGUAUAUUAGGAAGUUUUUCUGAUGAACUGAUUCUAAUGAUAUUCAAAUAUUUACCCAAAGCUAGUUUGGUACAAAGUAUGUUAGUAUGUAAACGAUGGUAUCGAAUUGGUUUAGAUGAGGUAUUGUGGACGAGACUUGAUCUGGGAAAUAAAAUUAUAACCAAAGGUACAUUAGGUAAUAUUCUUCCAAGAGGCAUUCAAAUUUUAAGAUUAGCUCAAACAGAAAUUGCACACCCUGCAUUUUUACCAAAUCCAUACAUAGACUGGUCAAGUUUUACUUGUAAGCUACAGUAUUUAGAUUUAUCAAUGGUUGGUAUUAACAUAAUAGAUUUAGCUGAAAUCUUGGCAAAAUGUAGACAAUUGAAAAAGUUAUCUCUGGAAAAUUGUAAACUAAAUGAAGCAUGCUGUACAGCUAUUGGUGAAAAUGAAAAUUUAGAGGUACUUAACUUGACAAUGUGUGAAGGCAUAAAUACUGAAUGUCUCAAAUUUCUAACUGCUUUAAAAAGCUUGACUGCACUUAAUGUUGGUUGGUGCACUUUAGAUGCAGAAUCAGUUGCUUUCAUUUGCACAUCUCUACCUAGUUCUGUUGUAAGAUUGAAUAUAGCUGGAUGUAGAAGAUCCAUGACAGAUGAAGAUAUCCAGAAUUUAGUUAAACAGUGUCCAUCCAUGGUGGAAUUAGAUUUAAGUGAUUGUACAUUACUCACAAUUAAUGCAAUUCAACAUCUGAUGAGUUUGACAAAUUUAGAACACUUGUCCUUGAGUCGUUGUUAUAGUAUUUCUCCAUCAAUGUCCUCCAGAUUAGCUUCAAUGCCAAAACUGAAAUAUUUAGACUUUUUUGGAAUGCUAACUAAUGAUGCAGUAAAACUAUUCAAAAGUAGAUAUAAACAUGUAGAACUAAAUAAAUAUAUGUUUAGUUCCAUUGCCAGACCCACUGUUGGAAUUAGGCGAACAAGUAUUUGGGGCCUUCAAGUGAAAGAUUAGACAAACUUUCAUGCAGGCAUAAUAACUACUGAUGUCUAAGUCACUAUAUUAGAAAUAAUAAUUUUCAUUGAUACGGACUAGAUAAUAAUUCACAGAAAAACGGCAGUAUCAUUUGAAGAUACUCAUAUUUUUUAUCAAAGUGAUAUUUACAAGUAAUUAUAUAAUGAAUAUAUUUGAGAUUUUUUGAAUAUCAUUUCAUUUUACAUCACAAUUGAAUUUAAGAACACAUUUGCAAAUCAAUUGGGAGAUUAAUAUUUUUGGGAAAUUUGUAAAUUAAGGUGUAUAAAUUUUACUUUGUGCAUUAUUAAAAACUAACAUAAUAAUGGUUCAAAUCAAAUCAAUUCAUGCAUUAGAUAACAGAUAAUGUAUUUGAAAUGUAAAUAUUAAAAAAAAUCAAAUAUUUUUGACGAUAAGUAAAAGCAUGAUGCUUGAUUGUUUUUAAGGCUGUGUGUUAUGAAUUUUUGAUGUUUGCUUCUUACAAUAUUUUUUGAAUGUUGUAUGAAAUUUUCUAUUGUAAAACUUUUUUACGAAUGAUGUAGAUUAUAGUGGAAAGUCUUAUUCAUGUAAAAUUUUGAUCAUUGAAUUGUAAAUUAUGUAUUGGAUUUCGAAAAAGAUUUGCUAUGCUCAUCAAAAUAACUUUACUUGAAAUCUCAUGAAAUUAUGUUUAUUUCACUUAUAAAUCAGUAGGUGUAAUAUUUUAGCUUAUUGGUUUAGUAAAUACUUUCAGGAAUCCUGUGAUAAAUUAAAUUCCUUCAUCAAUUAUUUUUUGAACUCAAUGUAUAACAUGAAAAAUGAUUUACUCUUACAUUGAUUACUUCUGCUUAUACAUUUUUUCAAAAAUAUUUUUCUCUUGUAUUAAUGAAAAUAUUAUUGACAAGAUCAAAGCAAUGUAAAACUAAAAUACGCAAAAUUAAUUGUAUAUUAUUUAGAUUUUUAUAAUACUCAUAAACAAAUUUGGGUUUGUUUAAUUAAGGGGUCAAAAAAUAAAAAUCAUUUACAA